AUGUCUGAAGAGACUACUGGCUAUCAAUAUUAUCAAUACACUCUAAACUAUGGGGUCACGAUCCACUAUGCAGUCAUUUUUCUUGUCCUUGCAAUCAUUGAAACGUACUUUGUAGUGUCAAAAUACGUCCAGUUCAAAGGCAAGAUUAGAUCAAAAAAUUUAAAAAGAUACUGCAAUGUGAUGAUCCCAUUCAUCAUUGGGAUUGUUUUGGAAAUUAUUGGGUUCACGGCCAGGGCAGUUUCUUCUAAACAGCCCGAACUGCUCAUGCCAUAUGUGAUUCAAUCUAUCCUUAUUUUGAUUGGGCCAACACUUAUUUUGGCAAGCACGUACAUGAUAUUUUGCGAACUUGCAAAGAGUCUUAAAGCUGAAUCUUACUCUAUGGUGCCAUUGAAGUAUCUCGCUAAAAUAUUUGUCACAGGGGACAUCGUAUCACUUUUCGUACAGACUUGUGGUGGUGGUUUACAAGUCGUUGAUUCAUUAAGAGCAGCUGGAAGAGCGUUGGUCAUUACGGGAGUUAUUGUGCAACUUGUGUUUUUCACUGUUUUUUGCUAUGUAUUUGUUUGGUUUGGUUUGAAAAUUUGGCGAAACCCCACUAAAGUGGCAAAAACAUUGGAACUGGCGUUUCCUAGAAUAGGCAACUGGAAACACGGAAUAAUGGUUUUGAGUUUCAGCUGCAUAUUUUUGAUGGUUAGAUCUAUCUAUCGAUGUGCUGAAAUGAUUGAAGGCACUAACGGUUUGCUUCAGUCGAGUGAGGUAUAUCUUUGGUGCCUUGAUACUGUCAUGGUACAGACUUCCAUUUACUUUUAUUUGACAUUCAACUGGACUGGCUAUUUUUGUCGCGUCCAUGAGUAUUACAGCUCGGUUUUUGAUGUUAUUGAACUUGAAAGUAUAAUCAAUUGA